UCUCUGUUAACCGUAGGGAUGUUCAUGAUUCCGAUCUAACCUGUUAUUCGGUCUGCAUCCAUCCAUUGAUAUCCCUCAUUAACCAAUGACCACAUCAUUUAUCAGGACAUUUUAAUGUCAAAACAGGGUUAAUUUAGCAACGGAAACUCAAUAUUCAGAAAACGAGUGCGUUUCUGAAAACCUAGUAGCUCUCUCGUUUCAUCUCUUGUUCAGCUUCCCUGUCGUGGUCACAAGCACCACUAUUCUCCAUUUCUAGGCUCUAGCACUGCCCAGAAACUUGAAGUGUUUCUCACCAUCUUCACCAUCGCCGUUUGAAAGAAUCAGAAAUCUCCCCAUUAUGAACUUGGCUGCUCGAUUCGGCCACCGUCUCUCGAAUGCUCUGGGCAGUUCGUCGAGACCCAUCUUCCCCAGAUUGGUGCAGCAGUUCUCCUCCCUUCCUGCCAAGGACAUUGAUGAAGAAGAAGAGGUCUACGACCAGAGGAAGCUCCCAGCUGACUAUGACCCUGCGACCUUCGACCCUACCGAGCACCGGAGCCCUCCAACCGACCGAGUCUUCCGCCUGGUCGACGAGGUAUCCUCGCUAACCCUCCUCGAAGUCGCCGAGCUGUCGGACAUCGUAAUGGCCAAGCUCGGAAUGAAGGAGAAACCUGUCAUCGCCGUGAUGAAAGCAGGGACGACCGCCCCGUCGAUGGCAGCAGUGAAGGGGGCGGGCGCCGCUGCGGAGGAGAAGAAGACGGAGAAGACGGUAUUCGAAGUGAGGCUGGACGGAUAUGACGCGGCUGCGAAGAUCAAGAUUAUUAAAGAGGUUCGGAGUUUUACCGAAUUGGGGUUGAAGGAAGCCAAGGAUUUGGUGGAGAAGACGCCGGCAGUAAUCAAGAAGGGAGUGUCCAAGGAGGAAGGGGAGAAAAUUGUGGAGAAAUUGAAGGCUUUGGGGGCAAAAGUUGCCAUGGAAUAAGCUAAGCUUUCUUGUGUAGUCAUGUAAGCUUUUCCCCAAAUUUUUUCUGUCACGUCCUUUUAGUUCUCUUCCCUUUUCUCUCAUGAGGGUGCAUCAGUCUGAUGUAGUUUACAAAAUUUGUUGAAAUUUCCAAGUGCCAUCUUGACCUUUUUGUUUCGUUCUAUAUAUGAAAGGAGAAGGAUACAUGUUUGGCGGGAUGAUUUUGUUUCAUAUGUUUGAUAUCCUUGAGCAAUGGCAUAAGAGUUUUGAAUAUUA